AUGGAUGAUGACGGUAUGGUCCCGACGCCCCCGGCGUCCGCUGGAGCCUCUCCAAAGGGUUUCGAUUUCAGCGCGGAGACUUUGUCCCAGUAUCCCGCUGUCAAGCACGCAGCGCUUCCAGCCGAUGGCGCAGGCCGCGAUACCUUUUCCUUCAAGCACCUCGUGCUCCUCCUCUCCCUCGCUCCUGCUUUUGCGACAUGGAAAUUAUGCGGAGGAUACAACACCUUGGCAAUCGCUCUAUUCACUCUCCUGGUGCCCGUUGUCGCUGCAUUCUGGUACGUUACAUCGUGCAUCUCGCCUCCGAUCAACGAGAAAAUUCGGAAUCCGGGCCGGCCAAUCGAAGAAUACCUUACCUUCACAAAGGACCACGACCGAGACAGAUACUGGGGAAGGCGUAAGAUACCAAUGGGUACUUUCACGAAGAUGUACUUUGACGGUGAGGUGGAUUUCAACGGUGAUGCGUUGGAAAUCCUGGAAUGGAGGUAUGACUGGGCGAGUUGGAGGUUUACGAGGGAGAUGACGAGUUUUGUGGUGUUGACGUGGCUUCCCGAAGCGGUUGAGUCCUAUCUGUUUCCAAGAGAAAGACCACUCCUGGAAGAUCAACGCGGCAGCGACUUUUACUCUUGGUUCCUUGGCCCACGAUUGGCUUACACUUCAGGCAUCAUAUCGGACAUGAGCAUCGAGGAAUCGCUUGAAGAGCUCCAAGACAACAAGCUUGCUGCGGUCUGUGAAAAGAUCAACCUACAACCAGGAGACCGGCUCCUCGACAUUGGUUGCGGAUGGGGUUCCCUCGUAACCUUCGCCAGCGUCAAUUACGGUGCCCUCGCGACUGGGCUUACGAUCGACCCGUUUCAAGCUGAUUUGGGAAACUGGCGCCUCCAAUCUGCAGAGAUACCCGAAACCCAAAGCCGUAUAUGCAAUCGGGCGUAUGAGGGUCCCGACGAAAGGUAUGACAAGAUCGUAUGUCUGCAGUCAUCUGGGCAGGAGGAUUUGAAAGUGGCCGGGUUCUUUGAGCGCUGCUAUGAGAUGCUCGCGGAUGAUGGGUUGUUUCAUGUCGAGAUCACCGCAUCGAGACGUGCGUGGCAAUAUGAGGAUUUGGUCUGGGGGUUGUUCUUGAAGAGGCAUGUCAUCCCUUGGAUGACGAUGGGAUGGGACUUGGGGAAGUACGUGACUGCUCUCGAGGAGGCUGGAUUUGAGAUCCAAAGCCUCGACAACAUCGGGCAGCAUUAUUCAGCCACCUUAUGGAGGUGGUACAAGAAUUGGACGGGCAAUCGUGACAAGAUCACAGCCAAGUACGGUGAAAAGUCAUACCGGAUCUGGGAAUACUUCCUUGCGAUGGCGACCAUCGUAUUCCGGCAAGGAACCAUGGGUCGUUACCAGAUUACCAUGGUGAAGAAUCUCAACGGAGUCCACCGUGAGGGUGUACAACAGACCCGGUUUUCUGUGGCUGAGGCGUUAGCCACCAGCAGAGCACAGGGGAAAAACAGGUUUCCUAUUUAA